UUUUUAUCAAUGUUGUUGUUGAAAAAAGUUUGAUAAAAGUUUGAGUUUGAUCCUUUUAUUUGAAAGUUUAUUCCACUUGUGCACUAUUUUUCUACUUUAUUUAAUUUAAAAUCCGGUUCCACAUAGAAAACUGAACCGUUUUCAUUAUUAGUAUAACAUCGCUCCGUACAAUGACUCGAAUAUCUGUUUAGGGUAUGAUACUCAUUCUUAGUUAAAGGUUACCUCAAUCGUUUUACGUUACCAUGUCUAUUUUCAAGUCAGUAUCAUCGAUACAAGCAAUGAAAUUGCGAUCUCAGACCAGCGAACCGAUAUCGAUACGAUUCUUCAAUUUAUCCGUAGUCAGUGCAGAUUUACUAUGGAUAGAUUACGAAGGAAAUUUCAAACCGUACUUGAGCUUGAAACCGAAACAAUUCGUCGACGUGAAUACGUUUUCUGGUCAUUAUUGGAUUAUCAGAGAAAAAAACACGGAUAAGACGUUAUUGUUGAAUAACCAGGAGUACUUUUGUGCCGACGAGCAAAAGCUCAAAGAUUACCGUAUGGGUAUGCGUAAAAAUUCUUCAAAACCGUCCAGAUAUUGUGUCGCUAUUAGUAAACCUAUUCCUGAGUUGAAAACCAUCGUUAUCAAUUAUCUGUCUAACUAUAUGCGAAAUUGCGAUAAUGUAAAACAUUUAGAAAUCCCUAAGACACUGAAGAAAGAAAUCAUUGAUAAGAUUCAUCACGAUAAUCGUUCAAUUCACGACUGUCUCGAAGAUAAGGAUAGGUGUUUGAAGGUUUUGAAUCCCGAAGUUCCAAAUAGCUGAUUAGAAUCUAUUUUUUUCGUGUCCGGUUUAAUCAUUCUUCGUGAUUAUUUUGUCUAGUAGUUUCAGAAGAAUAUUGUAAUAUUGUUUACCAUUGAGGAGCUCAUUGCAAAAGUAGCCCUUGUCACAUGACCUCUUAGAACCUGUGCAACUUCCAAACUCUUCCUUGAGCGUACCCAGUAUCAUGAAUGUAAGCUCUCUAACGCAAUUCCUCUCCGGGCUACUCAGGGUAGACCAACUUGACGGCCAUUUCAUCAUCACAACAUGAUCUCCGCAGUUGGCAGUAGGUGCAAUGGAGUGCAUAGGGUCUAAGUGGCGAUGUGACAAGGGCUACUUUUGCAAUGAGCUCCUCCAUUGUAUUGUGAAACGUAUUGUAUUUGCAUCGUUGUGAUAUCUCAUUAUGAGUGUUUUUUCUUGUAAUUAUUUUUUAAAAAUCAAGACUUGCAUCAUUCACGGUGUAUUGUUUUAUGGAUAUAUUAUACAUUAUUGAUAAAA